AUGAUUUUUCGGAAAGAUCCAACAACCAACUUCUCCGACACAACACCCCCCGUUUUGUUGUUUGUGGAGCCUUCUAGCCUUCUAAUAAGUUUGUGGAGCCUUCUACUGUACCGUUACAGGCCACCGUUCAACCUAUUAAUAACUGAUAAGAUUGAUAGCCACCAUGUCCAAGUCUCCAGGACCAAGUGGUGUUGGAAUGCCUCCCAACGCCAAAGUGGCGUCGCCGCCACCGCCUCCUCCCAACAAGACGGAUCCCUUUUCUUCUUCGUUGGACGAUCUCGUGGACAAAUUCCUGUCGGGUCCUUCGGUUCGAACACAGCAAAUGAUAGCCCCGCUACUACGACCUCCUCCUUUGAUUGGGGACGAGCCAAUUCAAACGUUGCGAACACUGGUGGAACGACGCGCCUGGGGAGAUGUCCUGCAAGUGUCGAACGAUCUCUUGCGCGGCAUGGAUUCGGCCUAUGCGGCAACCUACAAUUCACUCCUCUUUUCGGGAGCCGCACCUAGUGGGAGUAUCAAGGAAGAGACGGCCGAAAUAAUGGCACUUCACUGUCAUGCUUUGAUCAAGCUGCGACGAUACACAGAAUUGGGCAAGGAAAUUGAAAAAUGGAAAUUUCUUCACUUUAAUGAAGGCUACAGACCAGAGGACGAGUCGAUCAACUGGGAGUCCAUCAAGUGGGUUCCUUGGAGUCUCUAUAUCAUUGGCUCCGAGUCCUUGCUGUAUACCACAGACGAUCCCAAUCGAGGAGCCGAUGCCCUGAAUGCUUUGGCCACUCGUAUGGACGAAGAAUCCGAUGAUGCACGUUGGAAACUCUGUACAUACCGAGCAUUGGCCAAUGCCUUUUCGAGGAAACGAGAAUGGCGAUUGGCCAUUCAGGCGCUCGAACACAUGUUGCCCGAAAUUGAAACCGCUGUCAAACAAGAGACAACGACAAUAAUCACCAACACCAAAGCACUCGCAAUGGCCUAUCGAGUCGAAGUCUUGUCAGUGCAAGGUAGAUACCUGCUACAUGCCGGAGCGGUGGCAGAAGCAUCCUACAUUUUUCAGGUGGCACAGCAAGACUGGGACACUGUCAAGGCCAAUAAUACUGUCGACAACAACGAAGCCAACAUGGCGGUGGCGCAUGCACCGGCACAACUAUUGGCCAAUGAAGGAUUGCUGUGUUUUGCAUAUGCCAACUACGAACAAGCCAUUGAAUGUUUUCGAAAAGCCACGGAUAUCUUGCGAAAAUAUUCCGUCGUUCCCGUCUACCGAUCGACCGACUGGAUUGGUCCGUCGGUGGUGGGCGUCGCUCCUCACAGCACUCUUUUGAAUGAAUGCGUCAACAAUUUGGCCAUUUGCGCCCUCUACAUUGGACGCAUGGCAGAAGCCGUCAAUGUGUUGGAAACAUUGGUGCGGGAGGAUCCCACCGCAUUCUUGACCGAACGAGUUGCCUUUAAUCUGUGCACCAUGUACGAGUUGGGCUGCGAUUCCACCGCCAGUGCCCUCAAGAAGCGCGUCUUGCAAUGCAUCAGCAAACGAUUCUUCCUCCACGACGUUGGCCCGGAAAGCUUUCGAAUAAACUGAGUAGUGUAGACAAGUUGUUCCCUCCAAAGCAAUCUCUCAGAUUAAAAGUAGUCUAGCGAUGGCUCCACCCCGGAAAAUGUCGCUUCAUGAGUCGCCGGCGCAAGCCAGAGCUUUGAGAGACAAUCCAAAACGUUUUGCUUCCAUUUCUUCGUUCACAAUUUCACACAAGCAAAUAUCAGUGCGAUGAUACGUACAAGCAACCGGUACACACACUCUUUGCUAAAAUCGUAUGAUACAUUUGCAGUGUUAACUUAGGGAUUGGCAGCGUGUGCACUUGUCAGGAAGCGGGGGGUGUUUCGCACUUUUAGAAGUCUCUUUUAGUUGACAGAUGGAUUUUCUCUGAACUUAUCGAAGUUAUUACAUG